GUCAAACCGCCGCCACCGCCGCCGCCAUUUUCAAAGCAACUGUUGAGAGUUUUCAAAUUGUGCAAGCUCCUCGAGCUGUCUACAGAACGUCUCUUUACUCGCGGUUUGAAGAAAAAAGACCGACAGUUUUCUUUCAGUUAGAAUGAGCUGAACACAUUGCUUCAAGAGCAUCCCCUCGUAACUGCCGGCCGCGACAGAUGGCCAACCACUGCCAUGAAAUGACGCUGAGUCCGUCGAUGGUCAGUGUUAGCGAGGCCAUGAACGUGUCCACCCUCCAAGCUCGUCCCAAGUCCAGGAUCUGCAUCGUGGGCCCGCUCAAGAAGGACAGCGAACUGGUGCAAGCCUCCAAGUGCCACGGGCUCCCCGUGCUGUUCAGCGACACGGGAGAGGAGUUUGUGGGCGACAGGGGUACCAUCUUCGUGCUGGAUUCGUUCGAGGGCCAGUCGUUCGAGAGGCUGAGGGUCCACUCCCUCGUACUCAGCCCGGUCGCAAUCCUGCAGUGCGCCAGCAGGAGUUUGCCCCUGCCGGACAAGGGGAGGCCGGUGUACAACCUGUCCAUGGACGGCGUGGUCAUCGUCUUCACCGGCUUUAGGUCCAAGCAAGAGCUGUGUGACCUUCUCCUCUUGUGCCACUACAUGGGAGCCAGCGUCCGGGACAAGUUUUCCAAAGCCAAUGUGACCCACUGUGUCGCAGAUUCCGUGAUAAGCGACAAGUAUGAGCUUUCCUCCGCCUUCGACAUCCCUGUCAUGAAAAAGGAAUGGCUGCUGGAGGCUUGGAAGCACCGCGAUGAGCCAGACUUCUCGGCUACCAACGAAACCAUGAUGCAGCUGCGGAUCGAGGCCUUGAGGAACUGCAAGGUGUCCUUCCUUGGCUUCUCGGAGGACGAGCGGACGCACAUGGAGGAGGUGGCCGUGGCCAACGGGGCCCUGGUGCUGCCCCCUAGCCACCCGUCGCUCCACUUUCUGGUGGUGGACGACUGCAACCCGGUGCCGCCCGUGCUGCCGCCCACCCUCGCCGCCACCACGGCCGUCGUCAGAUCGGAGUGGUUCUGGGCCAGCAUUCAAAUGGCACGCUGCUUCACUGCAAAGUCGUAUCUCUACGAGAAUCCCCUGCAGCCCGGCCCGGCGUCCCUGUGCUCUCCGCCGUCGGGGAGCGAGAGCAAGCGGCGGCGCCUGCGGGAGAGCAUGGCCCAGCAGCUGGCCCAGGAGGUGGCCCACGUGAACCCCUUCUCCCCGGAGAGCCCCCGCCACCGGAGGCGCGUCUCGGCCGCCAACAACCGCUCCAUCUCCGUCCUCGACGUCACCCUGUCACCGGAGAAAGGUGCCCAGGCGGCAGACGCCCUGCGGGAGGGUCAGGAGAACGGAGUCCCCCCCGGUGUGGACCUGGGCGGCAUGUCCAAGCGCCAGCAGGUCUGCUGGGAGCUGCUGCAGACGGAGACCAACUACGUGGCCAUCUUGCACACCAUCCUCACGCUUUUCAAAGCUCCCCUGGAGAACCCCGACGGGGAGCCGCUCCUGGACCCCACCGAGAUCAGGAUCAUCUUUGGAAAUCUGCCGCCCAUCUACCAGGUGCAUCGCAGCCUGCAGCUAGUGCUGCAAAGCAUGCUGCGUUCAUGGACGGACAACCACAGCAUCGGGGAGGCCAUACUUCAUCACAGGGAGGACUUCGAGAAGGCCUACCCCCCGUUCGUCAACUUCUUUGAGAAGACCAAAGAGACCCUGAUGCAGUGCGAUGCAGAGCGGCCCAGGUUCCACGCCUUUCUCAAGAGGUGCCAGACAAAGCCGGAGUGUGGUCGGCAAACACUGGUCGAGCUACUCAUCCGUCCCGUCCAGCGACUGGGGAGCGUCAUCCUGCUGCUCAAAGAGAUCCAGAAGCGAACGCCCAAGGAGAACAGGGACUCUCAGAACCUGGACCAUGCGAUUGCAGCGCUGAACCAGGUCAUGCUGAACAUCAACGAAGGCAAGAGGAAGACCGAGAGCCAGGUCGCCAUGUUCGACAUCUUCAACGACAUUGAGAACUGCCCGCCCAACAUCCUGUCCGGCCACCGGUUCUUCGUGACAUCGCUGGAGGUGCUGGAGAUUGGGGACAACUGCCUGAGCAGGAAGGGGGACACCCUGGUCCUCUUCCUCUUCUCGGACGUCCUAGAGCUGUCCCGGCGCCGCACCAAGGGCCCGCCCUCGGCCAAGAGCCCCGCCCACCCGGCCUCCGCCCCGGCCCGCAGCUACAAGGGCCACAAGCACCUGGCCCUGGUCUCCCUCUUCGAAAUCAAGAGGGUCGUCGACCUCACCGUCGUAGACGAGAACGUGGACGUGAAGAACGCCUUUGGACUGGUGCUGCGGCUGGCCGAGGACACGCGGGAGAACGUGUACACGUUUGUGUCGCUGUGUGACCAGCCAACUGCCAAGCUGGACUUCCUCUGGACGCUGUGCAGGCACAUGGCCAAGGUGUACAACGUGCCAGACUACGAGGGCUUCCUGACAUCCAUGCGCAGCUCUGAGCUGGGCCUCGACGCAAGUGCACAGUCGACCGGAAUCAGCAAGGCUCUCAGGUAUGCUGCAAGGAAGGGAGAGAAGCUGUCACGUGCCCUGUCCAUCACGCGCAAGACGGCGACCCCCCGGCGGACGCUGAGCCGCGCCGUGUCGACCUUCAUCAGCCCACUGCGGUCCAUGACCAACUCCCCGCUGCGGGGCCUGCACCUGGCGUCCACCUCGAACCUGAACGACUCUGACAGUGAGGUGAGCAGUAUUGCGGCGUCCGUUCCCGAUAUCACAGUGGCCGUCAAAAGUCACUCCUACGGCGCGUCUUCUACGAAGUACUUGUGAUUUCAAGCAAUUUGAGAGGCACAGGUUUUCUACGUAUGGACUUCCCGUGUUCGGAUAGAGCAGUGUAAAUAGACAGAGCUGACCAAACUGCAUGCUUUUCAAAGAAACUUUUUUUAUCCAUCCUACUGCCGGAUGCCUUUUAUUUUACCAAGUGGUCCGAUCUGAAUAAAUGGAACAUUUUAGAACCAUGUUUUUCGGCAACGAUCCAUAAUAAAUUGUUCAGAGGCUGCUGCAUGUGGUGUCUUAAAUGAGCAUUGUACUUUUCAGCAAUGCAUUGUAUAAUUUGUUAAAAUAAUUGUUGCGUGCAGGGUCUUUUAGAUGAGCUAAAGAAUGCUUUUCAGCAACCAAUUGUAUAAUAAAUACUUAAGUGGCUGCUGUCGUUUAAAUGGCCUGAACUGACAUCAUUGAAAAGUAUCAUUCUUUUGAUCAAUAAAUUUUAUAGUUCUUGUGAGGA